AUGUCUAAAACAGCACUUUAUAAUACUAAAACUUUAUCAGGAAAAGAUGUUAUACUUACCAAAACGAGUGUUAUUAUAGACAAUAGACACUACAGAUUUGAUAAUGAAUUCGAAGAAGAAGUUGUUCACAUGAGUGCUUCAAUUUCUGGCCAUUUCAUUGCAGUUAUCAAUACAGCGGGCGAAUUGUUUUUAAUUACGAUUGGUGAUCAAGAUGGUCUAUAUGUUGAUCAAAUUUCGCCAGAUACAAACUUCAAAUACACACAAUUUUCAUGCAACGAAACAGUUUUAUUCGCAAUUACAAAUAACAACAUUCUACAGUUUUAUAAAGUCUUAUUACCCGAAUUUCUUUCAGAAUUUUUAUUUUAUACAGAAUUUCCAGCGGAAUCCUUUACUGUAAUGGAAGCAAAUGGUAUCAUAAGAAUCGCGUAUAAUACAGAAGAUGGACAAAAGUAUAAAUGUUUCUAUUUACCUGAUAAUUUUAGAGUUAAUCCACAAGGAGCGAAAACAUCAUUAAAAGAAGCAGACCCUUCAUAUUUAUCAUUAUUUGAACCAGCUUUACCAACUGUAAAUGAAGUUUUUCAAGAAAAUGAGGAAGAAGAAGGUGAAAUCGAACAAUUAGAGCCAGAAUUAACAUUAGAAGAUGCUGCAAGACAAUUAUUACUUAAGAACCAACAAUUACAUCAAAAGCAAAACGAAUUAAUGAGUAGAAGAAAUCAAUUAGCAAAUUCUAUAAAUGAAUUGAACAAAAGAGGCAAAAGAAUACGUGAAAGAGAAGAUGCUGCAAGACAACGCAUGCAAUCAUUAUAUGCGCGUAUCCAGAAGCUCAUUGAAUCAAGAGAUAGCUAUGGAGAUGUAGAUUCUUUGACAAAUAAAUUUGCUCAGUCAGAAAAGAAACUCAAUGAACUGAAUU